AUGGCUCGAGCCUUGGCUGCAAAUGGUGCAGAGAAGGUGUUCAUCAUUGGACGCCGAGAGGAGAGACUUUUCGAAACCGCGAGAAGCGCAUGUGAUGGGAAAAUCAUCGCGGUUCCCGGGGACGUGACCUCCAAAGCCUCCUUGCAGGAAGCAUUCAACCGUGUAAAGGCUGAAACAGCCAGGAUUGAUCUUUUGAUCGCUAACAGCGGUGUCAGCGGCCCGCUUUUACCAGCAAAAGGGGAUGCAGCAGGUAAUCAAUCGACACUAUCGGAAUUCCGAGAGUUCUUUUGGUCUAUUCCCAUGGAAGAGUACACACAAAUCUUCCAUGUGAAUGUGACUGGUGCAUUCUAUACCGUCCUCGCUUUUCUUCCCCUUCUCGAGGCAUCGAAUCAAAUGCCAAGGUCACCAGACCAACCCAGACCGCAAGUGAUAGUUACUUCAUCCGCUGCGGGUUUUCUGAGGAACGACAUGGGAGGUUACGCUUAUUCAUGCUCGAAGGCAGGAUUGACUCAUCUGGCGAAAAUGCUCGCAUUCACACUCUGCCAUCAUGAUAUCCGUGUGAAUGCUAUUGCGCCGGGUAUAUUCGAGACAGAGAUGGUCUCUGGCUACUUCCAUCAGCACGGUAUCCAACGUGCAACGGAUGAGGGAUCCCUCCCGAAAACAAUGAUCCCACUGGGCCGAUGCGGAGGUGAGACAGACAUUGCAGGUAUUAUACUCUGGAUGGCAGGAAAAGCAGGAGCAUACCUCAACUCGAACAUAGUCAUCUCUGACGGAGGAAUGUUGAAUCUGAUGCCUUGUUCCUUCUGA